AUGUCCGAAUCGCAGAAAAUUCCGAAUGAGACUGGUGCAUCGAUGACACUAGCAAUCCUAGGAUGUGGAAGCCUUGGAACUGCUCUACUGUGCGGGAUACUAACGCACAUUGAAGAGACCAAGAAAGCCAACUCAGCUUGUCCGGUAUCAAACCAACGCCAUGUACCAAAUAAAUUCAUGGCUUGUGUUCGCACUGCUGCUUCUGCUGCACGAUUGGAACUCUCCCUUGUAGCUUACGACACAGAGGUAGCAAUCUAUCAUGGCGACCAGCGUGCUCCUCUUGACAAAGCCGAUGUGAUAGUAUUAGCUUGCCAACCCGGAGACUUACGAAGUUGUCUGGCCACCACCAUUAUCCGAUCACAAUUACAGGGCAAAGUCCUCGUUAGUCUACUUGCGGGUGUUACGAUUCUGGAUAUUGAAUCCGUACUCCGAUCUGUAGGGGGUAAGAGUUAUUAUCCUGCUACAAUUGCUAGGGCAAUGCCAAAUACUGCCUCCUUUGUCCGCGAGUCCAUCACCGUCAUCGAAACCCCGGAGGCAACUUUAGCUAAUCAUCUACUUGCAAUCGAUUGGCUGUUUGAAUCAAUUGGCAAGGUUAAACAUAUAUCUGCUGCUAAUUUCGAUACCUGCACAGCAUUGGGUGCGUCGACUCCUGCAUUCUUUGCAAUCAUCCUCGACGCAUUGAUUGAUGGCGCUGUUACACUCGGUCUCACGAGAAAAGAUGCUACGCUCAUGGCAGCACAGUCCAUGAAAGGAUGUGCAGCGUUGGUGUUGGCGGGAGAACAUCCAGCUUCUGUGAAGGAGAAUAUUACCACUCCAGGUGGUUCAACGAUCAGGGGUGUACUAGCGCUUGAACAGGGCAACGUGAGAGCUGUUGUUGCGGGCGCUCUGAUUAAGUGCAAAGAAGCUGCUGAGGGAUUGGGAGCUCAGGCUAGGAAUUAA